CUGAUCAUGUGGCCAGGGUUGUCUCAGACAAGUGUGUGAUUCCUGUUCUUGUUCCUGGGGUGUUUGGGGCGGCCUGGUGGGGUAGCAGAGCAGAAAACAUGCGAGGGGAGAGAGUGUGUUUGUUCCAAGGAGGAACCUACCCUGAACUCUGUUGUCAAGUGGUGAUAAUAACGACUAUUGUGCCACCACUCAUGUGUCUUGUUGGCGUGGUGUGGGUGGAAAACAGACUCACUCUCGCCCAAUCCUAUUCGUUCCAUUCAGGAUCCCCCAUCUGCCCAAGGGAGGACGUAACCUUAGUAGUAGUAGCUCGGCUUCCAGGGUCUCCUUCUAUCCAAGGUCUACCAUUCUUGAGACAGAAGGAUAGAAGAGAAGAGAAGAAAGCUCCUCCACAUUACAUCAUCAAUGCCAUUCUCUGCAUCAUUGGAAUUCGGAUCGUCCUGCCAUACGUAUCUUGGUGUAGUGUACGGUGUUCACACAGGGAGAUCGAUUCCUAUCACUUUCGUCAUUUAGCAUGCUGUUCAAAAUGAUGUAUCCAGCCUGAUAUGAUUGAUCUCCGUCGAAUCAUCCAAGCUUGGGCCUGGUGUAGCGGGGCAUACCCGCUAGUCGUACCUCUGUACUUACCUGGGUACCUAGGUAGUUUUGUAGACAGAAUGAGAGCUAAAUCGCUUGUUAGUGAUAGCAUUGGAUUUUGCACAUUUAAAUGGUGACCCCAUGAUGAUUCCUCAACAUACCCCCAAGAGUCAUUACCAGAUGAUGUUCUACUAGACAAGGGAUAAAGCAGAGCUAAA